AUGCGGAAGUUGAGAAGACUUAAACAUGCGACGAGAACACCUUCUACGCUUUCUACCGCCGACUUAAGAAAAGCUCCAACGAGCGAUACGAAACUACUCCCACCAUCAAAAACCUCAGAUGCCGUUCUCGAACACCCUUCACGAGACGAACUGCUGGCAUUAACAUACCAAUGCUUUCCGCCCAUCGAAGACGCCAGAGUAUUCAUUACUGAAUACUCAACCACAACUCUACGUACGAGAGAAUACACGUUCGGAGAAGUGUUGGCGUCGGACUUGAUUCUACAGCCCGAAGAUAUCACGCCAUGCAACAGAUGGAUAUUUGUCGAAUAUGAUCAAUAUGGGACCUUUUGGGGCUCAGAUCAUAGAUUCUCGCAAUGGGGCAUAAUACCUACCCUUUUUGAGAAGUCGCCAGUGGCGAUACUUCGAAAGCGUCUGGAAGAACUGGAUCGCAGAGCUGGCCGGUCUCCUCCGCCGGAGGAUCCUUACUACAAGCGCAUUGGGAAAUAUUAUCGAAAGAGGCCUGGCAGUCCAAAUUUCAUAGGAUUGCGCGUCAACGCAUCGACAUGGAUAAAUUCGGAACCGUAUAAACUGCUGCUUGAUUAUUUGCAUGAUCGCCCAGCUCUGAGUAAGAGUCUGCAACGGAGCGGACACAAUUGUUUGGAACAAGGUAUUGGAUUCAUUAACGCCGUUGAUUGCAUCAGAGAUAUGGCAUACGACGAGAAGCCUGGUCUUCGUGAAUUACACAAACUGGCCGACAUGAACGACGUUUACUUUUACGGGAACUGGGACGAUGCGGUGGAGAGGCUCGAGUUUUACGGUGAAACCACCUUGUUAACUUGCGGCUGCCCUAGACUCUACAAGACGCUUGCCGACCGUUUACUCCGGGAGAAGGACGUGCUGAGAGAGAACCCCGAUAUUGCCUUACUGUACUACGCUUUGGUUCGUGUAUCAGUCGAGAACGAUCAAAUGAUGCAUGAUACCCCAGAGAGAGCUCUCAACAAGGUUUUCGUAGGGCUCAAGAAUACACGCGAUGCUAGUCGACAGCACGUUGAACUUCUCUUUAGCCUUCGGCAGGCUGUACUUGACGGCUUAGAAUAUCUUGAAGAGAAUGUGCGAGAGUUCCCUAUCUAUGGAAUCCCGCCCUUUGACAACCACCAAGCCCCUUUCCAUCCAGAUCACACCCCGUCACCGAAAAUGCGUUCCUUGAUCCAGCAUGAGAUUGAUUUGAUCGAUAAAGACUUUUCAACAAUUAUUGAACAUUGGAGAUCUUUGAGAGCCAAGGUGGAACGGCACCUCGAUGUGCUUCUACAGCUCCGUGUACUUGAGCAACAAGAACUCGCGGUAUCGCAAAGUCACCUCGCAACUAAGCAACAAGCCCUUGCGAUUGACGAAGCCAGGAGCUCGAGGGUACAGUCCAGAUCGGUCAUCAUUUUCACUGCGAUAACCACCAUAUUUGUGCCAUUGUCCUUCUUCACGUCGUAUUUUGGGAUGAAUGUCACUGACAUUGUCGCGACAUCUCACUCGUCGGGCUACUUCUGGAUGAUAUCCAUACCAGUGACAAUCACUAUUCUGGUGAUUAUUUUUGCCAUUCUCAGGGUUUUGAGAGUUGACCAAGGCCCAGAGGGUGACGAGGAGAAAGGGGUAGGGCGUUACGGGGGGGCUGAGAGCGGGCCACCGUGGCGUCUUCGAUGGGGGCAUCUCAGGUCCAAGUUGAAACGCAGCUAA